GGGACCUACUGCGCCACCAUGAGUUUACAAGAUGGCGGCUGCAGCUACGCCAGCAGCGCCAACAUGGCCACCGCUAGUGGCAGCAUGCGGCGGCGCCUGGAGGACCAGGAGUUCACCCUGCGCGUCUACCCGGGCACCCUCGCUGAGGGCACAAUCUACUGCCCUGUCAGCGCCCGCAAGAACACCACAGCUGCUGAAGCCAUCGAGUGCCUCAUUGAACGGCUGCGCCUGGAGCGUACCAAAUGCUACGUGUUGGCGGAGGUGAAAGAGUUUGGUGGGGAGGAAUGGAUCCUCAACCCUGGCGACUGCCCUGUUCAGAGGAUGAUGCUGUGGCCACGAAGCGCCCUGGAGAACCGCAGUGGCCUGGGAAGCGGGGACGACUAUCGCUUCCUCCUGCGGGAGAAGAACCUAGAUGGAUCUAUCCAUUAUGGUGGAAGCCUGCAGAUGUGGUUGCGGGUGACUGAGGAGCGCCGCCGCUUGGUGGAAAGGGGUUUUCUCCCCCAACCUGCAGGGAGCGACCCUCCGUCCGACCUCUGCGCUCUCCCGGAGCUAACGGAGCGCGCACUUUUGGAAAGCCUUCGUGCACGUUUCCGCCAAGAGAAAAUCCACACUUACAUUGGGAGUAUUCUUAUUGUGAUGAACCCGUUCCAGUUCCUGCCAAUCUACAAUCCUAAAUAUGUCAAAUUGUACGACAACCACACACUGGGAAAGCUGGAGCCUCACAUUUAUGCUGUGGCUGAUGUGGCGUAUCACACCAUGCUACAGCGACGGAAGAACCAGUGCAUAGUCAUUUCUGGAGAAAGUGGAUCUGGGAAGACCCAGAGCACCAACUUCCUCAUUCAUCACCUGACUGCCCUCAGCCAGAAGGGAUUCGCCAGUGGGGUGGAGCAGAUCAUCCUGGGGGCAGGACCUGUGCUGGAGGCUUUUGGGAACGCCAAGACGGCCCACAACAACAACUCCAGCCGUUUUGGCAAGUUCAUCCAGGUCAACUACCAGGAGAGCGGCACUGUCAGGGGAGCCUAUGUGGAGAAAUACCUGCUAGAGAAAUCACGUCUGGUCUACCAGGAGCACAAUGAGAGGAACUACCAUGUGUUUUACUACCUGUUGGCCGGAGCCAGUGAAGAGGAGAGGAAGUCCUUCCAUCUGCUCAAACCUGAGGAAUACCACUACCUCAACCAGAUGACAAAGAAAUCACACAAACUCCACUGGGACAAUUACUAUGAGAGCGAGCUGCAGGACUGCUUCACAGUGGAAGGAGAAGACCUGAAACAUGACUUUGAGCGACUGCAGCUGGCUAUGGAGAUGGUCGGCUUCCUUCCCAGCACACGCAAACAGAUUUUCUCGCUGCUGUCAGCUAUUCUCCACCUGGGAAACAUCCGCUACAAGAAGAAGACCUACAGGGAUGAUUCCAUUGACAUCUGCAAUCCAGAGGUGCUGCCCAUCGUCUCAGAGCUGCUCGAGGUGAAAGAGGAGAUGCUGCUUGAAGCCCUGACGACGAGGAAGACGGUGACUGUCGGAGAGAAGCUCAUCGUACCCUACAAACUUGCAGAGGCCGGCACCGUAAGGGACUCCAUGGCCAAAUCACUGUACAGCGCGCUGUUUGACUGGAUUGUGUUCAGGACCAACCAUGCUCUGCUCAACAACAGGGACCUGGAGGACAAUUCGAAGAUCCUGUCCAUAGGAGUCCUAGACAUCUUUGGUUUUGAGGAUUAUGAAAACAACAGCUUCGAGCAGUUUUGCAUCAACUUCGCCAAUGAACGACUCCAGCACUACUUCAACCAGCACAUCUUUAAACUGGAGCAGGAGGAGUACAGGGCUGAGGGCAUUACCUGGCACAACAUCGAGUACAUCGACAACAGCGGCUGCCUCAACCUCAUCAGCAAGAAACCCACCGCUCUGUUCCACCUGCUGGACGAGGAGUGCAAUUUCCCCCAGGCAUCCAAUCAGACCUUGCUGGACAAGUUCAAGCGUCAGCAUGAAGGAAACAGCUACAUCGAGUUCCCUGCUGUUAUGGAGCCCGCCUUCAUCAUCCGACACUACGCUGGUAAAGUCAAGUAUGGAGUUAAGGACUUCAGGGAGAAGAACACUGACCACAUGCGUCCCGACAUCGUGGCCUUGCUGAAGAGCAGUAAGAAUGCCUUCAUAUGCGGCCUGAUGGGAAUCGACCCCGUGGCGACCUUCCGUUGGGCUGUGCUGCGUGCCUACUUCAGGGCCCUGGUGGCUUUCAGGGAGGCCGGCCGCAGACACACCCACAAAAAAACUGGGAAUGACGCAGCAGUGCCCUGUGCUGUUGUCAAAACUGUUGACAGCUUCAGUUUCCUUCAUCACCCGGUUCACCAGAGGAGCCUUGAGAUCCUUCAAAGAUGCAAAGAUGAGAAAUACAGUAUCACGAGGAAGAAUCCCCGAACCCCUCUGUCAGAUCUUCAAGGCACCAAUGCUCUGAAUGAGAAGGCCAGCUGGGAUGGCUAUGGUGUUGGCUGUAACGGUCGUAGCUCGAGGUCGGGUCGUCUGUCCUCUGGAAGUCCAGCUCUGGAAGAAGAUGGCAUUUUCCUCAACUCCUCCAACAGCAAGCUCCUGGAGAGAGCUCAGGGCAUCCUACUGAGAAACAAAAACUGCAAAACAAAGCCGGCUCUUCCCAAGCAUUUGUUAGACGUGAAGUCACUGCGAUACUUGGGCAGCGUGACGCUCCACGACCGCAUCACAAAAUCUCUGCUUCACCUGCACAAGAAGAAGAAACCGCCCAGCAUCAGCGCCCAGUUCCAGGCAUCUCUCAACAAGCUGAUGGAAACUCUCGAUCAAUCAGAGCCCUACUUUGUCAAGUGUAUUCGAUCCAACGCCGAGAAGCUGCCGUUGCGUUUCAAUGACAGCCUGGUGCUAAGACAGCUGAGGUACACAGGCAUGCUGGAAACCGUCCGGAUCCGCCAAUCAGGAUACAGUAUCAAGUAUACAUUUCAGGAGUUUGUGCGUCAUUUUCAUGUGCUGCUUCCUCGAGGCACGAGUGCAACAAAGUCUGGCAUCAGGGAGUUUUUCCGGCGGAUCCACCUGCCGCCCGCCGGGUAUCAAGUGGGCAACACGAUGGUGUUCCUGCGGGAGGCGGAGCGUCAGCGUCUUCAGACCCUCCUCCACCAGGAAGUGCUGCGGCGAAUCGUCACGCUGCAGCGCCGCUUCAGGGCCGUCCUGGAGAGGAAGCACUUUGUCGACAUGAGACGAGCCGCUUCUGCAAUCCAGCGAUGGUGGCGAUGCUGCCUCAUCAGACAGUCAUCCAUCGAUGCAAGUGUUGAGGAGGGGGCAGCGGUGUGUCUGCAGGCGGCCUGGAGGAGCUACAGGGAGCGCCGGAGGUUCCUGCAGUGGAGAGACUCUGCCGUAGUCAUACAGAGGAGCUGGAGAAACUGCUGUCAUCGCAGGACUCAGGCGGCCGUCACGGUUCAAGCGGCUUGGAGAGGAUUCAGGGAGAGGAGCCGCUACUGUGCCACGUACAGGACUGUGACGCAGUUACAGACAAUGGGAAGAGGACACCUGGCUCGACUCAGGUUCAUAGAAGUGAAGGAGCAGCAUGAAAAACAGUUACUCUGUAGUCCACCUGCAGAGGUGGAUGCAGGAGCCAUGGAGGACAUCACCACAUCAGGACAAGAAAGUGACGUCCUGGAUGUCUCCACAGAACCUGCCGAAGACUCGAAGCCUGUUUCGUUUGAUGAAGGAGAAACAGAGAGAGAAGAGGACUCUGAGCAAAACAGGAGCGUAGAUGAGACAAGUCAUAAGCAUCGAUCAAAAAGAGAGAGCAGACGAAUGAGAGAGCUGGAGCAGGCGCAGUUCAGCUUGGAGCUACUCAAGGUGAGGACCACCAGUGUGGGAGGCCCUGUGCAGGAAGACCUGGUCCCAGACAGCAGCACCUGUCAGCUGGAUGACCAACAGAGACACUCACCCCGAGGAUCUCCAGCUAGUCAUGGAAGUUUUGAGCUACUCAGUGUGGAAGACAUGGACACUGAAGGCUCUGCACAACAAGAACAUCCGCCAGCGUUGGAUGGUGAACUUCAUGAGGGACUGAGAGACUCGAACCACAAUGAAAAGCCUGGAAUUGAGCCGCCACACAAGAUAGAGGGUCCACGGGCAACAUUUUAUAUCGCAUCUGACCAAAGUCCAGUUCAUGAACCAAAAUUUGAAAGUCCCAAUAAAUCUUACACAGAGAGGAGGGAGUCCACCUCUCGAAGACCUGUAGUGGUGUUGAUCAGUAUGCAGAAAGAGAGCCCUCUGGAGGAGGGGGAGCUGCUGGCAGCCCAAACCCAAGAGGGAGCUUCUCAACCAGGAGCAACAUCAUCCAGUCCCCAAAUAGCCCACAUAGCAGGGCUGGAGGUAGGAUCAGUAGUCGAAGAGUCCAACUCAGACGUCUUCGGGCUAGAUGAGUCUUCAAGCACUCAAGCAGCGAGUCCAGAAGUAGCGGGAAUUUGUUCCUCAGAGGUGGACAUCCAGAUCGUCCUGGAGCCGAAGUCCAGUGUUCCCGCUCUUCUCCCCAGUCAGCAGGAGAGGAGCCUGGUCCGGCCCGUGAAGGAGGCUCCCAGCCCCGUCCUUGACACCAAACCACCUAAAGCCCAGAAGAAGAGCUCAGCCCAGACUGUGAUUGUAAAUAUGAUGGAGAAACCGUCCAACACUGUGUUCUCCCCACCCAGACGCAAGCUGCCCUUCUCCAAGUCAGACAAGGAUUUGGUGAACCAGGAAAGAUCUUUGGCCAUGUACAGAGACGACUCCAAAUCUGCUGGAUCCAGAAACAGAGAGCAGGUGGGCCGUCCAGGCCCUAAAAAGAAAGCUCGAAUGUCCCGGACACGCUCCGACUUCCUCACCCGCUGUAACUCUGAGGGGGCGACCCAGUCAGACGACGACGAUGAAUACUACAUCCCUGCCCACUCCCGCACGCUGCCCCCCUCCCUGUCUCCCUCAUGUGCCCAUCCCGAGGCUGACUGUCACAGUGACUCCGAGAUGUCUUCUCACAAAGAUCAGAAGAAGAUCCAUAAGACUAUGUCGUCAGGAGACCUGGGCAAGGUGGAGGUCCUCCGGAAAACAUCUAGUCAGGAUGGAAGCAGGAUGAGAGGGAAGAUGCGAUUCUGGAGCAAGACCAAACACAGCGAGAAAAAACUGUCAAGAGAGAAGCAGGCGAGCAGGAGCGAAGCUGCAGAGACACAUGAAGGUCCGUCUCCUCCUCACAGUCCAGACCUGGAGGCAGCUGCUCCACAGGGGGUCAGGGACAGCAAGGAGAACAAGGAGCUGUCUCCGAAGAUGAGGAGGCGUCGCAGCGUGAAGAUCAGCAGCAUCGCUCUGGAACCCGCCCAGUGGCAGAACGACGCUCUGCACAUCCUCACCUCGACCCACGACUACCGCACCAUGAACGACUUCCUCAUGAAGAAGAUUGCUGACCUAGAGUCUGAAGACGGUAAGAAGGACACCAUGGUGGAUCUCGUCUUUAAGAAAGCACUGAAGGAGUUCAGGAUCAACAUCUUCAACUCAUACUCCACCGCCCUGGCCAUGGAUGAUGGGAAGAGUAUCCGCUACAAGGAUCUCUACGCCCUGUUCGAGCACAUCCUGGAGAAGACCAUGCGCCUGGAGCAGAGGGACUGGAGCGAGUCGCCCGUGAAGGUGUGGGUCAACACCUUCAAGGUCUUCCUGGACGAGUUCAUGACUGAAUACAAGCCCAUGGAGGGAACCAUCGGCAGGGCUCCUAAACGUGAACGCAAGAAGUCAAGGAAAAAGGAAACUGACAUUGUGGAGGAACACAAUGGCCACAUCUUCAAGUCCACCCAGUACAGCAUCCCGACCUACUGCGAGUACUGCUCCUCCCUCAUCUGGAUGAUGGACCGAGCCUGCGUCUGCAAACUGUGCCGCUACGCCUGCCACAGGAAGUGCUGCUCCAAGAUGACCACAAAGUGCAGUAAAAAGUACGAUCCGGAGCUGUCGUCUCGGCAGUUUGGUGUGGAGCUUUCCCGUCUGACCAGCGAGGAGCGCACAGUGCCGCAGCUGGUGGAGAAACUCAUCAACUACAUCGAGAUGCACGGACUCUACACCGAGGGGAUCUACAGGAAGUCAGGCUCCACCAAUAAGAUCAAAGAACUCCGUCAGGGGCUGGACACAGAUGUGAACACCGUGAACCUGGACGACUACAACAUCCACGUCAUCGCCAGUGUGCUCAAACAGUGGCUCCGAGACCUUCCUAGUCCUCUCAUGACCUUUGAGCUGUACGAGGAAUUUCUUAGAGCCAUGGGUCAACCAGAUAAGCGGGAGGUGAUCCGAGGGGUGUAUUCUGUGAUCGACCAGCUCAGCAGGACACACCUCAGCACGCUGGAGCGCCUCAUCUUCCAUCUGGUCAGGAUCGCCCUGCAAGAGGAGACAAACAGGAUGUCAGCCAACGCCCUCGCCAUCGUGUUCGCUCCCUGCAUCCUCCGCUGCCCCGACACCAUCGACCCGCUGCAGAGCGUCCAAGACAUCAGCAAGACCACAGCGUGUGUGGAGCUGAUCAUCAACGAGCAGAUGAGCAAGUACAAAGCUCGCCUGAAGGACAUCAACAGUCUGGAGUUUGCAGAGAGCAAAGCGAAGAGCAGACUGACCUCCAUCAGGAGAUCCAUGAAACCCGUACUAAUUGCUGUUAGGUUUAUGAGCAUAACCCGCACUGCCACCCCGCCUAACUCAGCUAAGCUUAAGAGCAAAAGCCGCGUUCGGCAAAGCAGCACCAAUACGCCCUCGCCUCCUCACAGUCCUAAGACGCCCCCUGUGGUAGAUGGAGAGAGUGCAGGAGGAGGUGGAGGUGGAGGAGGAGGCGAAGAGGAUACAGCAGAGCCCGGACUGAGCGAGCAGCAGCAGCUGGCGAUGCAGCAGGAGGAGCGAAUCCUCACCGAGCAAAUUGAGAGUCUGCAGAAAGAGAAGGAGGAGCUGACGUACGAGAUGUUGAUCUUGGAGCCGCGGGCGUCGGACGAUGAGACUCCCGAAUCUGAAGCCUCCAUCGGCACAGCAGACAGCUCUGAGAAUAUCACCAUGGAGACGGAGGGAGCCACCCCCGACUCCUCUGAUCGCAGCGGCACUUAUCGCUCCAGAAUGUCGGAUGCUAAGGGCAGACGAGCUCUACGCCGCCAGCCUGACUCCCAGGACUCAGCGGACUCCACCUCCACCAUGUCCUCCUACUACCCCUCAUCCUCUUUCUCCUCCAACGCCUCUGGCUCUCCGUCCCCUCACUACCGCUUCCGCUCCUCCUCCUCCGGUCCCCUGCUCACCUCCUGCGGCUUGGGGACCCCUCUGACAGAGGCGGAGGGGGGGCAAAAAUCCGGUAAGACCCGUCACAGGCUCAGGCUGAGCCGCAGCUCACCACGAGAGCCCUCGGGGGGCCACCGGAGGGAGCCGGACUUCAGCUCGGCGCCACAGCAGCUGGUUCUGUACGGCAGCAACGAGUUCAUGGUGUGAUGCUGAGGAGGGAAGGAACGCCAGCCUGCCGCCCCGUCCAAGCUCAGAGGUGGGCGUGUGAGACGGGGAGGAGGGAGAGUCUGGGAUUGAACGAGGCUGGUCACGGGGCGAAGGUUCGUGCCCAGUGUCGCCUGCUGCCCCUCCUCAGUGCCCACACCCCUCCUCCCCCUGGUCCAGUCAAAAAAGCAGAGAGCUAAAAGAGGACACGACUGGAUGUUACACAGAGGGACAAAAACGACAGACGGUCAAAGGCAGAGAGAGCUAGAGCAGAGCGACAAAGUGAAAAGACGUGGUUGGCCAUGUGUGUUGACCUUUGACCUUUGCCCUCUGAACUGAAUGCUGUUUGACCCCUGCUGGAGCACCAGGGGUCCGCUAGAGGAGAGAGAGAAGAAGAAGAAGAAGAAGAAGAAGAAGAAGAAGGGAAGGACAGGUGAUGAGACGCAGAAAAAAAACCCCACACCUGCAAAGCCAAAUCUAUAGUGCCCCAUCUUUACUUUUUAGCAUGUGGGCAGGUGGUUGAAGCCACUCAGAAGAAAUGUAGCCAUACUGACUGAACUGGCGGACAUUUUGUCUGUAACCAGCGCCAAGCUAAGUCUGCUUUUCACGUUUACACGGGACACACCAGCCAAGAGGCUGCAUGCUUCUCCAUUACACUUUUUCCUACGCCAGUUUAAAGAGACUGUACAAAUAUAUGUUACAUCUGUAUGUUACAUAUUAUUAUUAUUAUUAUUAUUAAUUAUUAUAAUUAUUAUAAUUAUGUUACAGAGGAAAAAAGUGUAUAUAGAAAGAAACUCCAGUGCUGCUCCGGGGUCGUUCCUUGUUAUUUCCUGUCGUCUAUUUUGCAAAGUGAAGUGUGUGGGAUCCAGGUUCCACUUCUGUUUCUGUGCUGGUUUCCUGUCCUUCUGGAUUUUUUUUUUCUCUCUUUUCCUAUUUCACAAUGAACAGAGCCAGUUUUGGGUGAGAAAUAAUAGAAAGAAAAAGCUGUCACGUGUUCUUGACCUGAGGUGUCAAAUGUCAAUCAGCCAUAAGUGUAUUCAUGUCUUCUUCUUUUCCCAGCUUGCGUCCGCUCUUCCCUGCAAGCUUUCCUUUCGCCUUCUGUUUUCUUCACAUACAUCAGUGUUACGAUGUCAGGACUUGAAUUUUCUUUUUUUUAUGAUAUUAUUGCUGUAUUAUAGAUGUUGCUAUUGAAAUCAAAGAUGUCAUGUUUUUGUUGUCAAUAUUAUUAUAAUUUCACGGUUUGUUUUUGUUUAAAUGAAAGCCAUUUUUCUUUCCAGUCUGUGUGUGUGUAUGUAUG